GCUCAUGCAUGUUUGGGGUGCUGUAACUGAAAAUGUGUGAUUUAGUGACGUAGCGUGAGAUGAGCUUCACUAAAUACAGAAAUUAAUGUCUUCUCCUUAGUUAAUUCUGUGCAUGAUACGAAUAUGAGUACCACCGAAAACGGUGAAUGUGCCUCUGGCUCGCCCGAAGGCAGCAUCUCGGUGCACAACUUCAGCGAGAAGCUGAUGGAGCAGGUCGUGCACUUCCAUGUGAUAAAACUGGAUGGAGGCUUCUUUCUUUGGGUUGGCACAGCCCCCGUCCUCUCCAACCUCGCAGUGUCCAUGAGCAGCAAAUUUGACUCUACACCAUUGUCUAGUCUAGUGAUGGGUGAUCCCGCAGACCCUUCAUCUAGCACGCUUGCACAAAGACUGACAAAGCGCACAAAGAAGCAGGUGUUCGUCAGCUUCAACCUGCCAGGCUGCCCGGCCCAGCUGUCCCUAUUGGUGGAGGAAAGAAUCAAGAAAGAGCUGGAGCUUCACCCUGAAAAUUUUUAAAUAUCUCCUUUUUUCUGUACUUAACUCCUGUCCUGCUGUUUUUUACUAAUUAAUAAAAUGAAUGGAAACAGAA